UUGCUUAAUUCAACUUUAACAUUAAUUCACUUUUCUAGUGUGUUUGACCCCUUAGUUAGAUGCACAUAAACUUUGAAAACUUAUUAUGCGCUUGUACUUCUCCUUCCUAUCUUUCUCUCUCCUUCUAGUUAUAUUAUUCAAAAACACCAUUAUAAUUAAGAGAGAUUAGCAUGUGGUCUGUAAUAAAAAUAUAUCGAAGUUUCCAGUGUGAAUGGAGCAAGCGUGUCAUUCAUGUUUCGUGUAAUUCUCAACUCAAAAAAAGCUUUUCAAAAGUGAAAAAAACCAAGGCAUAUAAUGUUUAAAAAUUGACAGCUAUUAUUCACCUGAAUGCUUACUUUCUUUCACUUUCUUUUUACUUUUUUUUUACUUUCUCUUACUUUCUUUAACUUUCUUUUUACUUUUUUUCUACUUUCUUUUACUUUCUUUUACUUUCUUUUUACUUUCUUUCACCUUCUUUUGGAUUUUCUUAUCAGCUCUUUUUUCUUGGGCUAGAUCCUCAAGUCCUAUCAUUUAUGGGUACACAUGAGUCCUGAAGAGCUGUUAUAUAGUGGUACCCAUAGGUCCUAAAGAGCUAUUAUAUAGGAGUAUCGAACGGGAAUCUCUAUAAAACAGCCGUUGAGGAUCUAUGGGUACUCCUAUAUGGUACUCUUAGAGAACCUGUAGGUAUUCUCAUUAUAUAGGACCUGAGGACCUAGGGGUACCCCCAUUAUAUAGGGCCUGAGGACCUAAGGGUGCCCUCAUUAUAUAGGGCUUGAGGUCCUAAGGGUACCCUUAUUAUAUAGGACUUGAAGACCUAAAGGUUUCACUUUCCUUUCCUUUCUUUUAGGAAAGGAAAGUUAACUUUCCUUCAACUUUCCUUUCUUUUAGGAAAGGAAAGUAAACGCUUUCCUUUCCUAAAAGAAAGGAAAGUAAAAACUUUCCUUUCUUUUAGGAAAGGAACGGAAAGUGCCACCCCUAACGAUGGCUCGAUUUUGAAAAUGGUAUCAACCUUUCGUGAGUGAAAGUAGCUGGAAGUAGCGGAUAGCCGUGAAUGGCGUUCCUUCGGAAGGACGGCGAACGAAUAGCUGCCUCUAAACUAGGUUUAUUCAAAUCUGUUUUACGACAUUUCUGCAUAACAUCAAGCAAGGUCCUUAAAAAAGUGCCACAGAGACUUAACAUGUGACGUUUUAUGUAGAGAAGGACUCCUAUAAACAUGGAGAAACUCGAGAGACGACACGUAUAUAUUUAAUAGAUAUCUUGCUGGAUAUAGGAAAUCUAGUGCCCUUUAGUUACGAGUAGAGAAGCUUUUGAAGCAGUCGAAAUGUGGAUUAGUCAUGCCUUGAAUAAGAAAGUAGUCAUUUGAGAAUAUGUGUUCAAAGAUAGUAGUAGCUAAGUGUGAAUAGCGCCACGUCGGAACUCCGACAGUGAAAUAUAGUAGCUUCUAUUUCUAUUUCACAAUUUUUUUGGUAUGAGAUAUGGUCUAUUAAGCUAGUUUUUUGUGUGAAAUCAUAUACUUAAGCUUCUUUCGAUGGCGAGCUCCAUGAAAUCUUAGAUUGACUAGCUAGGUAAAGGAUUGAAACGCAUAAGGAAUAGUUCACAAGUAUUUUCACUUUGGGAUUUCUCAUGCGAUAAAUAUAGGCAGCUUUGAAACUAAUCCAAAUCUAGAAUCCAGUAAAAUUUAAAUAACAGUGCAUGAUUAUAUAAUUACUGGAAGAGAACGAUGCAUAACAGCAAUUAGUUGCGCGUGACGACCCACUCGGAUGCCGACGAGUGACUAGCUGCUGCCCUAAAAAAUCCUUUGAAUAGAAUUCUUUUAAACUUCUAAUCCAUUGGAAGGAUCUCUAGCACUUAGAUCUUACUAGGAUUCAUGGGAGGAAGAACUGGCAAGAGGGUUAACAAGUGUAUUUGAAUGAAGUGUGAGAACGAGUGUGUUGGAGAUCUUCAAUAUCGGAAUCGAACAUUUCCUGAAAAGCGUCAAUAAUACAAUUUGCAUCGAAUCAUCAAAAGUGGACUUGAAUGGAAUUUAAUAAUCCUUUAUCUUCAUAGAUACGUCAUCUGCCCAUUGACUUGUCAAAUUUUUUUUCCGGCUAUUUAAAAUUCGUUAUUUAAUCUCACAAAGACUCAGAGUUGAAGCCUGAUUCAACUUGCGUAUGCCGGAUAUUAGUUUGAACAAAUAUAGCUUUUUAGUCUGAUAGCUACGCUAAACAUGCAUUUUCGUAGUGGGUACCGGUCAGCGAUAUUGCCCGCCUAUGUGUUUAUGAGUAUGCGCAUUAUUAAUACAGUUUGCGUGAAGUGUAGUGCAUCUUUACUGCAGUCACGCUGAUAUUUUUUGUCUGCUGAUUUUCUCUGAAAAUCGAAUAUACUAUUUUUUCGUGGCUUGAGGAUAUUGCUGUGUCAGUGUGGGUCACGUAGAUUUCUUUUGAGUGUUAUUGAUAGAGUAACAGAUUAAAUGAACGAAUGUUAUAGCUAGCAGUAUUACAACGGUACCAAUAGCAUUAUACACGCCGACACAUGUGUACACUAAUGUUGACACUAGCACAAAGCCAUGUGCAAAUGCCCGAUGCUACCUUUUGCAAAAUGUCUGCAGUAAUAAACAACUGCUGAUGCAGUGAAACAUUCAGUCGAGGGUUAAGCGAGUCACACAGACGAGCGUUACUUGUUUAUAAUAAACAAGAAGUUGACUUAAUUUGUCAAACCAUUCAAACAUUAUUACCACGUCAUCAACCAAAUUUAUUACCAGCGGACAUUGGUAUUAUAACACCUUAUACACGACAAGUCAAAGAAAUUGUUGAAAAAUUAUCAACUAUUCAAGUUCCGAAAGGUGUUGAAAUCCGAACAGUGGAUGGAUUUCAAGGAAGAGAAAAAAAUAUUAUUCUUAUUUCUUUAGUUCGAUCAAAUAAUGAAAAUGAAAUUGGAUUCUUAAUCAAUGAACAACGUAUGAAUGUUCUAUUGACACGAGCAUAA